CAAAUUGUCCUGCACUAUUAUAACCAAAAAAAUCCCUGAGAGUAUUUUUGUGGGACACUCUAAUAAAUCCAACAACGAGGCACGAUUCCAAACAAAGUUUCUUCCUGGUGAAUUUUCUGACCAUAAACAGGAAGCACAAAAGAUGGGACGGAAGAAUAGGCACGCCCUGAUUCAGAAUGCAAAGGCGGGCAAGGCAAAGGCAGGAGAGGGAUCAGCAAAAACAUCCCUCAAUAAGACUAAAAAGGCAAAAAAUGUCUUCAAAGUGGCCACAAAGAAGAAGGACAAGGCAAAGAAGGCAGCUAGCAAUAUCAAUAAGGGUAAAGCCGGGAAGAAGGAGGCAAUGCAGAAAAAGUCCGAGAAGCUAAAUGAAACGCUAAAAGACCUCCACAAGGAUAUGGUGGUGAAGAAGAAGCCCACACCAAAGGCGAGCCCCGCCAAGGGGCGCAAAGGCGCCAAAAAGCCAACAAAGACGAAGGAUGUGGAGGCUGGAAUCUCCAAAAUGGACGUCUAGGUGCGUCUUCGAAGGGAUUUCCCGGAAAAUUGGUGUGUGUGUGUCUCUGUGCCCGAUCUCCUUUACUGCUGAAUGAUUUUCAUCAGGAGACGGGCAGUCUGCGUGCAAACUAACCAAAUGUUUUAAUCACUGUGAGUUGGACUAAAAAUAAAGUGAAAAAUAAAUACAAUUGAAAAGAAAAA